AUAGUGCACCUUUACCCGCAGCACACCUGAACCUCCCACAUCACAUCCACCUGCUGUCCACCAGGAGCCGGUGAGGAAGUCGGCACACCGAAACGAACGGGCUCCUGGUUGAGAAAUGAAAUGAGGAUUUUCCACCGCAGAUAUGGAUUUCUGCUGGCUCUCGCGUGUUUCGUGUCGGUCACUUGGAUUAAGUCGACCCCCAGUAAUGGAGGCUCAGCAGUGCUGCCAGACCUGCAGACCCUGUACAAGCGUCUGUCGGUGGCUGUGGAGCUGGGAGUGCAGCUCAACAGGGAUCUUGGCAGCAUCCUGGAACAGCUGGAGAACAUCACCCAUCCCAACAGUAGCACCACCACCUCCACAGAAACAGUAAAGCAGCCUACAGAUGGUUCAGGUGGACAGACGAUCCUUCAGCAGCCUAACGUUUACGUCUUCAUGCCCCACCUCAGACAACAUCCAGACAGUCUCCAACCCAACGUAAUCCUUGGGCAGGGCCGACGUGGAGUGUCCAUAGUGAUGGGCAUUCCUACAGUGAAGCGUGAGAAGCAGAGCUACCUGGUCAACACACUCAGCUCUCUGCUCUACAGCCUGACGUCCGUCCAACGGCGAGAUCUCCUCAUAAUAGUCUUCGUUGCUGAGGUGGACUCAGAUUAUGUUGGCAGCGUAGGAGAAACCAUUGAGAAGAAUUUUCCCAGAGAGGUGCAGUCCGGGCUGCUGGAGGUCGUCUCUCCCUCACCGCAUUACUACCCCAACUUCACCAGCCUCACAGAGACCUUCGGAGACUCCAAAGACAGAGUCAAAUGGCGAACAAAGCAGAAUCUGGACUUCAGCUUCCUCAUGCUCUACGCUCAGGACAAGGGAACCUAUUAUGUUCAGUUAGAGGAUGACAUCGUUGCAAAGGCAAGUUACUACAACGACAUGAAGACUUUCACCACCAGUAUGGCUUCCAAGAAGUGGCUCUACCUGGAGUUCUCCCACCUUGGAUUUAUAGGUAAGAUGUUUCGCACCCGUGACCUCCCAAUGAUUGUGGAGUUCUUCCUGAUGUUCCACAAAGACAAACCCAUCGACUGGCUCUUAGAUCACAUCCUGUGGGUGAAAGUUUGCAACCCAGAAAAGGACGCAAAACACUGUAAUGAACAGAAGGAGCUGCUCAAGCAGAGGUUCAAGCCCUCCCUCUUCCAGCAUGUCGGCCUCCACUCGUCCCUGCCGGGGAAGGUACAGCACCUAAAGGAUAAGGACUUUGGGCAGCAGGUUCUGUACCAGGCCCACAGUAACCCAGCUGCAGAGCUGAGCAGCAGCCUGAAACAUUACAAGCAGCACAGUCUGGACAGAGCUUACAAAGGACAGGACUUCUUCUGGGCAUUAACCCCCACGCAGAAUGACUACAUCCUCUUCAAAUUCCCACAGCCGAUUCACAUGUCUGGGUACCUGUUUCGCAGUGGAAAUAUCGAAACCAGCGGAGAUAAAUUCUACAACACCACAGUGGAAGUGCUGCCCAGCAAUCCAUCAGCACAACACAAACUAUUGGCCAGAUCGUCUCCUGCCUACCAAGAAGCUGAUCAGGGAUUCAUCGUCAUCGGGGCGUUUGAGGAUGGCGUAGCUCAGGGUGAGAUUGAAGAAGCGCUGCAGCCGAUCUCAGCUUUGCGCCUCGUGGUUCAAUCCGACGCUGACGUCUGGGCUCUGCUGAGCGAGAUACUCAUCAAAGUUUGAUGCCCACAGAGGAGAGGGAACCACACACAUAUCUGCCAUCAGGCCUGGGGUUCCACCUGAGCAAACCCUGUGCUGGACUAAGACUACAGGGACCUGAAGAGUCUGAGCUGACUGUGACUGAGGUCUGUGAGGAAGGAGGAUCCAUGUUUAUGGCUCUGAGCGAGACAAAGGCAGUAGCAGUUCAGCAAUAAUGAAACUUGCGGAGUGUAAGGGAAUGCAGUAACCUCGUGAAGUGAUCACACUGCUGGCACUGCUGACAGUUGCUGUUUAAAGAGUGAAAACAGGAGAGCUAAUUUAUUACUUUUUAUUUUGUUGUAACAAAUAAAGAAAAAACAUCCCAUGUCA